AUGGCGGGUCCAAAGAGAUCCAUAGAAGACUGGGCUCCAGGACCUUGCCUGACUCAUCGGCUGAGGAUUCCAUCCAACAAACCCUCUCCCACCCCUUGGGCCCCUCUGCUCUUCCUCCUCAUGGCAGCUUCUCCACAUACCUCUUCUGUCUCUGCAGGACUGAGAGCCUCGGGUGAGGAUGCUGUUUCAACAAACAUAGUGGGGACUUUGGGGAAGUCAGUGACUCUCCCCCUGAACAUCUCAAUGGACACAGAGAUUGAGCAUGUCAUAUGGAUUCAUCUCCAAAAGGCAAUUGUUAUCAUGCAUCCAGGAAGACCAGUUACCUUUUUGGACAAAAGCUACCAGAGCCGAGUAAGCAUCUCCAGUCAGAGCUUCUCUCUGAGCAUCAGCAACCUGAUACAGAAGGUUGAAGGGUCCUACAAUGCCCAGAUAAACAACGUGAAUUCUAACUUCAUCACUGAAGAGAGAUUCACCCUGCACAUCUAUGGGCAGCUGCAGAAACCCCAAGUCACACUUAAUGCCACAAUGAAUGACAGUGGCUCCUGUAACAUCGCCCUGACGUGCUUCAUGGAGAGAGCGGAGACAAGCGUUCAGUUCACAUGGACCCGAGCAGAACCCCAUGCUUCUGAGUCCCACGAGGGCUCCACUCUCACCAUCUCCUGGAUGCUCUGUGACCCGGAUCUGGUGUACACCUGCAGCGCCACCAACCCUGUCAGCCAGAACAGGUCCCGCCCUGUCAGUGUCCAGGAGUUAUGCACAGGUCCAGGAGCUUUCGGAGGAGAAGCAAUGAGGGAGACAGUGCUGGGGAUCCUGGGGGAGUCUGUCACCCUGCCCCUGAAAGUCCCAGCCAAUCAUAGCAUAAAGAAAGUUGUCUGGAGGUUUAACACAUCAAUUCUCAGCAAAGCGUCAGGGGAGGUAACAGCAGAAGGCUCACUUACUGAGUCCAAGGAAACGGAGAAGGACAGAGUGCUGGUCUCCAGCCAGGACUACUCCCUGAAGAUCCGUGAGCUGAAGAUGGAGGACGCUGGCCCCUACAGUGCCUACGUGUGCUCAGAGGUCACCUCCACGAAGCACUUCGCCCUGCGCAUCCACUAUUGCAAUGACUACUUUAUUUCAUACAUGAGCAUCAGUGGCCCAGAGAGGAGGCUGAGGAAGCCAAAUAUCCCUGCAAUGCUAGGCCCCGAGGAUGGCAUCUGCAAGGAUACCCUAACCUGCUCUGUGGACUAG